CGAAGUUUGUUUUCAUCAAGUCAACCAAAUAAAAAAAUUAAAUCUUCCAAGAUGAACAAGAGUAUCAUCAUCCUCUUCAUUGCUUUUGCUUUGUUGCAAUUGGUCCGGAGUGACGAAGAAAAACCCGCUGCCGAUGGACCAUCAAACGCAGCGGCAGAUGCAGUGAAACAAGGAAGUGAAUAUAUUCAAAGCGCUGUUAGACAAGCAAAAGAUGCUGUUCAAAAAGGGUUGGGCGAAGUUCGUGGAACUUUAGGCAGCCUUAAUCCAUUAGGAGGUUCAAAAACAGAGGCUCCAAAGGAAGCAUAA